UGAUAUUCCUUUACUUCCAGUGUCAUUCAAUAUCAUUAAUAUCAUUAUUCUAUCUCCAGGCAACAUGUCUUCAGUCUCAGAACCUCAACCUAUUGCUCAGCCUGUGGGCAUUAAUCAGCAGGGAUACACUCCCGAGUCCAUGGAAAUGGCUCAACCUCGAGCAGACCAACUUACAGAUGCCCAACAGCUUCAAGGAAACCCGGAACCUGAUCUCAGUCUAAGAGGCGGUGAAGACUGCGACGGCUGGUGUCGUGGGCGGUUCUGCUUUAUUAUUCCCUGCCCCAUACCUAUCAAGUGUUGCUUCAUUCCUCUAUGAUCAGAUGCCUUUUUCUUUUCUUUUCUAUUUCCUUCUUUUGGUGGUGCCGGGAUAGGAUAUACUGUUGACAAUUUCAUGACUUGAGCUCUAUAUCUUGAGCAGUAUUUUCAUCAUUACCUAGCCUCGUACUUCACUAGGUUGUGUAUGUUUGAAUUAAUUCACAA